UGACGCGCUGGGUAAAGUUCGGUUGUCCUGCAGUAAUGGGGCCGCUUCUGACGGCCUCAUGCGGACUGCUGCUGGCGGCUCUCAGCCUGGUUCCGACACGCCUCUCCGACUCUUCUUCGCCGGUACCGAACGUCCCGAACAUUGCCGCCUACUUCGGAACCAAGAGCCGCUACGAGGAGGUGAACCCGAACCUGCUGCGGGACUUCGUCAACCAGACGGUGCUGAGACCCCCACCCGGAGAGUCCUGCUCCCCGGUCCACGUGACCGCCGUCAUCAGGCACGGAACCCGGUACCCGACCCUGAAGAACAUCCGCAGGAUCCACAACCUGAGCGCGCUGGUCCGGACCGAAGGUUCUGAUGGUUCCGGCUGGCUGCGGGACCUCCGGAGGACCCGCUGGGAGGACGUGUACCCGGAACACAUGGACGGUCAGCUGGCAGAGAAGGGCAGGAAGGACCUUCGUCUCCUGGCGCUCCGUCUGUCCUCCUUGUUCCCGUCGCUGCUGUCGGAGGAGAACAUGAGGACACGGAGGCUCCGCCUCCUCAGCAGCUCCAAGCCGCGCUGCGUCGGCAGCGUGGAGGCGUUCCAGGACGGCUUGCUGCAGCUCCACGGACGCCGCCACGUCCCUCCAGAGUACGUCCAGCAGGUGGACGACGGGCUGAUGAGGUUCUUCGAGCGUUGUCGUGGUUACGUGGACGGCGUAGAGAAGAACCGGACGGCGCUGAUUGAGGUGGUCAAGUUCAAACACGGAGACGAGAUGGAGGCACUGAGGAGGAGGACGGCCGAGAUACUGGGUGUCCCUCUUCAUCGUCUCACUCCAGACCUGGUGGAAGCCGCCUUCUUCCUGUGUUCCUACGAGCUGUCCAUCAGGUCCGUCCUCUCUCCGUGGUGCUUCCUGUUUGACGAGAGCGACGCCAAGGUGCUGGAGUACAAGUCGGACCUGAAGCAGUUCUGGAAGCGUUUUCACGGUCACCGGAUCAACAGCAUGUCCAGCUGUCCUCUCUUCCAUCAUGUUUUCAGGACGCUGGACAAGGCUGGACGUCCUCGCAGGGCCACCGAGGCGGCUCCAGAGCCGGCCUCCAUCCUGGUGGGACAUGCUGAGACGCUCCUCCCCCUCCUGUCUCUGCUGGGACUCUACAAGGACCCGACUCCGCCCACUGCCUCCAACUACCAAUCACAGCACGGACGGAGCUUCCGGAGCAGCCGAAUCGUCCCGUAUGCCGCCAACCUUCUCUUCGUUCUGUACGACUGUCAGCGCGGCCCGCGGCUUCAGUUGCUCAUGAACGAGACUCCGGUCCGGUUCCCGGACCUGCCAGACGACACGCCACUCUACCGUGAUGUUCGGGCUGCAUACCGGCACCUGCUGGACGGCUGCGACUUCCACAGGGAGUGUGAGGGCAGGGCAGAGGGCCGGGGGCCCAACACGGAACUCUGACCUCAUGAUCCCACCCCCAGCCAUAAGUCCCGCCCCCUCAGAGCCGAAAGCUGGCGUUGGAAGUCAGAACUGUCUGGAUCUGAAGCCUCAGAUAAGUUUCCUUCAUGAGACGAGCUCAUGAUGAACUCCAACAAGAUGGAGUUCAAACUUUGACAAAGGUAGGGUAGAACGUAGUGAGGUCUCACUCUGACAGAUUUUUGGUGAACUGACUUAAUUUUACUUGAAUUUUUGCUUCUUGAAGCUUUAAUUUGACUUUUAAUUUAGCUGAUUGUAUUGGCUCCACCACAAUAAAAACAGACUAUUGUGAAUGUCUGACAUCAGUACUUCCUGUUGUGUGUUUUAAAUUUUCUGUUUUUAGGGUGAAAUAUUUUAUUUUCUU